AAAUACAAAUUUGAAUUUCUUGCACUCAUCAGAUACUCAGAUACUAGUAGACAUUGAAACAUUGAACUUAGACAGCGGCAACCUUAAUAGCACGGCAAGCGACUAACUCAUCAAACCGUAUCAGUUCAGCUCAACAAAAAAAAUAGAAAGAAAACACACAUACAAUCAGUUUCCAGAAGAAAUGCAAAAUAAAAUCAUUGAAUAAUUGUGAAAAAAAAAAAUACUUUGAUUUUGUGUGAAAUAAAAGUGUAUAGAUUGAAAUUUCCAUUAAAGAAAGAAAAAAAAUAAUACAGGCCGCCUAAGGACAAUCGGAGAGAAAGAAAAAAAUAGAAUUUUGUGUGUCAAAGAACAAAGAAGUGAAAAUGUUUUCAGUUUUGCAAAAUUACUAAGCAAAGACCAGCGUUUGGCAUCAUCUUCGCUUUUCCUGCCAAUUUGAAAUUUGGCCAAUUCAGUUCAAUUUUUGUGUAAUUUCGAAGCGAGGAAAAUUUUUCAGUUUUCCGACCGUGCAAUGUAUAUGUACCAAGCAGUGAAUGUGUGUUUGUUCGCGUGUGUGUGUAAGCGAGUGUGAAAAAAUAAAUAAAUGCAAAAUUUUGUGUACCCUUAAAAAACCCCUGGUGCGCGCUGCCCUCCCUAUGGCCAACAACGACUACAACGGCAGCAGCAACAACAACAACAGCAACACCAACAACGGCACGCCAACCAUAACGAAAAGUAAACGAAACGAACGACGGGAUUCUGGCUUCCUUCUCAUCGAAAACUCGGGUUAAUUGAAGAAGAAAUCAAAUGAAAUCCGAAACAAAGAGAGCCGAAUUGAAAUGCAAUUUCUGUUUGUAAAUUAAAGUGAAAUUGAAAUUCUCAAAAUUUAAUUUGUGUGUGAAAAAGUGCAAAGAAAUCAAAUCAGAAACAAAAUAAAAAUCGAAAACCCAAAGAAAAACAAGUUGUGAUGGGGAAAUUUGUAUCUUUGAAUUGUAUCUAAACCUAUUUUGCUGGCACAUACAAAUGAAACAAUUCUCAUGUCACGGUUUAAUUGGAUGAAGUUGAAUUGAGAGCAGCAGUGGCAACAACAACGCCAACAACAAGAACACAGCUAACAAAAACAAACGCGCGGCCUUUCAAGUAUUCCUGUGGUUUCGGGCUUCGUUGUACUUCAUAAAGACAGGCAGGCAGGCAGGCAUCCAACCUUUCAUCCAUCUGUCCCGACAGAACACAAAAUACACCACACGGAGAGAGAGAGAGAGAGUACGGGAGAGAGAACCAAACUGGAAAUAAAAUAAACCUUCCUCUGAGAGUUGAAUGCGUACUGGUUCGCUCCAGAGAGCGGCGCAGCAUACCACCCAAUAAUAACAACAGCAACAACAUCCAUCAUCAUCACCAUCGUCGUCAGCAGCCGCAGCAUUUGCAAAAGGGAAACACCUUGCCUUUUGUCGGCUGUUGGCCACUACAACACUCCGCCAGUACUGCUGCAAAAGGCCAAAACACACAGCCAGCCAGUCAAGUUAUCCAGCCAGCCAUUCAGUUGGCCAUCCAACCCAGAGGACGGCAAACAAAACGAAACAAAAAAACUAAGAAAUUCUCAAAACUUAUUGGAAUUCAGUGCGGAUUCUAUUUGAGACGCGUUUUAACCGUGGCAACGCAGGAAAACAAAAUCGGUCGUUUGAUCUAUGAAAAUUAACAGUUCCAUGUUCGGAAUUUUCAAGUUUUGUACUGGAUUCGUUUGUUCUUCCUCUUCAGGAGAUUUUUCAUGUUUCAAAAUUUGCCAAUGAUUGCCGAGGAGCAGUUUUCAUUGAGUAUGGAUUCUCAGCAGCAGCAGCCACAACAGCAGCAACAACAACAACGAAAUUCAAAGCACGCCAACACAUCUUCAUCAGUCGCUCAAGCGGCAGCAACAACAUCGGCGGCAAUGAUGGCGACAGCAACACAAAUGAGGGCGACGUUAAUAUAUUUAGCGCCUUUUUUGCAUCCGUGCAAGAAUGUUGUUCCUGGAACAUCAGCAGCAACAACAACACAACAGCACUUGUCCGCCGACUGGGAUGGGGCAGAAGAUGUGGAAGUUUCACAAAAGACACAUGUGGCCCGUGUUAGUGCCACACCAACAACGGGGACGGCAUCUUUGUCCUCCUCAACUGCCGGCAGCCGCUCCAGCAUGACAAGACGUGGUGGUGGUGUUGUUGGCGCUCACAGUAAUAGCAACCGGAAUGUUACGACCACGAGCUGUGCUGGAACAAACACGCUGCUACAUCCAGGCGGCCAUAAUAAUCAUUAUAAUAAUGCCAUAAAUUGUAAUAGCACCGUCAUCAAUGCCAGUACAGGCGUCAGACAUGCCAGUGGUGGCAACGGCAACGGCAACAGCAACAGCAACGACAUCAGUAGUAGCUCCAUAAGAAGCAGCUGUUGUCAUCAUAAUAAUGCCGCAACAGAACGACAGGAUCUAGACGACACCACGGCAAAGUUGCAGUGGCCAGACGCCAGUGAGCAGCCGAAAAUCCCGAAGAAGAAGAAGGAUAACGCAAAAUGUUAUGAAAAUUAUGAAAAAAUGCCUGCCUUAGAGACCACAACAACAACAACAACGACAACAACGAUGUUUGCUAGUGCUAAUAAUAAAAUAAGCCAACAACAACAACAAACCGAACAGAGUAACGACCAAGGAUGCCUCGUUGCACGAGUGGUGGAGAGCCCCCAGAAACCGGCCGACAACCCAUCAUUAUCUGCUACAACCUCCAUAAAUAGCUGUCGCAGUAACACCACGCUCACGUCGUCUGGCAUGUCUGGUGGUAUGGUUCCUUCAACGAAAUCCUCCCUGGCCAUCCAGCAGGAUACAAAAACAACAACCUCAUUUGUAAACUAUCCGAAUAGCCGUAGUACAAAAUAUUUACGCGAACGUGGUCGCAGGCACCACCAUCAACAGCAGCAGCAGCAAGGACAUACUUCAACAUUAGCUCUAGCUCCUGUAGGACGGCAACCACUUAAGAAACUCGAAGAAUUUCAGUUGGAACAACGAAGAAAAUCGCCGUGUGGUCGUUACAGUCAUCCAGAUCUAUGCUCGAAUGCGACCACCACCACUGCUCCGGCUUCGGCUAUGGCUGUUGUUGUUAUUGAUAAUCAUAAUACGGCAAAAUGUUGUAAUAAUAACCAAAUGGCCAACACGUCACUGUUGUCAAGAUGUCAUGACUCAAAUAAGACGCUCAGCAAUGUCCCAGCGAGCCAGGAUCACAACAACAAUGUCCAGGACGAAGUAGAGGAAGAUGGUCAUCAUGAUUUAAUAUUAAGACAUUCAUUGGAGGGCAGCGGCAAUGCCAUAGGAAAUGAAAUAUUUUAUACCCACAACGACAAUGUACUCCCAACACCAGCCCCCUCAGUGUCGUCAUCAUCAUCCUCCUCCACUUCCUCCACCUCGUCUUCAUCAUCAGCCUCAGCUUCAAUUUCAACUUCAACUCCAACUUCGUAUACAACGAUAUUAAAUAAGGAAUGUAGGUGCUUUAAUAAAACUAAACGUGAUAUUAUUAUUGGCAGCGAAAGGCACAGCAAAAAUCCAGCAAUGGCGCCAACAACAACAACAACAACAACAGCAGUAGCAACAACAGCAACUCCAUUGCCAGCCUCCAGUUUCCCGAGUUGUUGCAUUAUCAACUCAAAUGCCGACAGUAGCAGCAAUGCAUUAUCCCGGCAACAGCCUGUUUUAGAUUUAUCGGCUACAACAUCAUCAACUGUAUCAUCGACAUCCAUGGAGGAGUCGUCAUCUCUAUCGACAGCCUCAUCACUCCUGGCCACUGCGGCGUCACUGUCUUGGUGGCGUUGCUGGUGCUGGUUAGUGGCAUUAUUCGGCUGUUCCAAGUUAACCAAAACGGUUACGGUUUCAAAGUGGUUGUUUAUGUGGCUGUUAUUUGUUGUUCUAUCAUCGCCAGCCCAGUGCUGGGCGGGUCGUAACGAUGUGCCCACAAAUUGUACAUUUCCCGCCCGCUGGGAGGGCUCAUGGUUCCUAUCGGGCUAUCAACAAUCCAUACACAUUAAAGGUUCCCAAUUUAGUUAUCGCGGUCGAUGUGCAGCUUCGGAUGGUAACAAAUAUUUAAUAGUUGACGAGAAAGGAUGUCAUCGGUGCCUGGUCAUAUACGAGAAACAUAAAAAUGUUCUGCAGUAUAAAGAAAGUGAGUGCGAAGGUGAUAGUAUGUAUAUGCAUCAAACAAAUCCAUCAGCCAUGGCGAUGCGUAGCGUUUUAAAUCAGAAGCCCAGCUUGGGCAAUGGUGGUGAUCAUAGGGGGGGAGCUCAUCCCAAUUUGAACGGGCAUUCAAGACUAUCCUCAUCGGAUCAAUAUAUAAUGCGAUCCAAUGAUGAUAUGAAUGAUUGUCCCCCAGAUUUUUGCAAAGGUCGUGAAACGUUACAGAAUCUCUGCGAUCAGAUACCGGGUGAUGCAUUGCUCUAUUCCUUGUUCAGGGAGAGUGCCGAGCCGGUCAAAUGUCCACUGAAAGGUCCAUUUGUCUUUACCUACAAUCGUGGAAAUGGCGAAUGCAAGUCUCCCGUCUCAAACAUUGAAAGUUGCACCGAAGAUAGCCGUUUGCUAUUGAGUUUCCAGGCCUGUCCCGAUGUUGUGGGGACAGAAAGUACAGUUGAGGAACUAACUUGCCUGGCCACCUGGAAAGAUGGCAACUCCCGCUAUUUAGUGGGCCUGGUAUCCCACCAUCAUGCCAUAUCGAAUGAAGAGCGUUAUCGUUGUUUUGUCUAUGAGAAGAUUUCUUCAUUAAUGGACAUGGGUCAUUUUGGUGGACCAAGUAUGUCAACAUCUAAAGAUGCCGAAUACAAAUUGGCCCAAUCGGGUGAUGCAACAUGCAAUGGUUUGGAUAGUGCAGAGGUGGGCUCACGCAUUAUGUCGCUUCGCAAACCGCCUGUCACCGAACGCUGUGAUUUCCCAGCCUGGUUUAAGGGUCCGCGGCAUUGGCAUGUGCUAAUGGGCAAUGCGGUCUACAACUAUCACUCAAAUGAUGGUUCCAUACACAUUAUAAAACCCAAUGGUUAUAUGGACACCAGGGCAUUGUGUGAGCAAAUCAAUAAGCAAACGGCAACGGAAAUGAUGUCUGUGGUACAUUAUACCACCGGAUGUCAAUCGGGCUUUAUGUGUAUGAUGUUCUAUCGCCGUGAUACCCAUAUCAUUGAAAUUCAAACGGGCAAACCUGCUUCACGACUGGAAGAUGCCUGUGCUCCGGAUCAUUUUGAUAUUAAUAAGACACCCUAUAUUACUCUACUGGCAUCAAAUCCUGAUCCCCAAAUCUGUCCUAUGGAAGGCUUAUACACAUUGCGAGGAGCCAUUGGGCCUCCAUACAUGACCACAAGACACAAGCGUAACCACAACAACAAGGUGCAUGGCAUUCACAAUCAUCAUCAUCAAUUCGAAAGUAAUGAAAGGGGUUUGCAUAGAAGACACACCUCGUUGAGUUUCCGUAACUCCAACCCGAAUGAACGUAACGCCUGGCAUUCAAAUACCCGUGGUCUGCCGGGACGUUCAAGACGCGAUGCAUCCAGUACAACAACCCAACCCACUACUUCAACACUGAAUGGUAGUCAAGAGUUGUCAGCUUCCUCGGCUUCCGCGUCACCCAAAGAUGUAACGACCCAGGAGAUUUUGGUUGUGGGCAACAGCACCAAUGUUGGCUUUGUACAAGAUCCCGACAGUGAUAAUAGAUUAAGAAGUAGACGUAAUGUUCCUGAAUGCAUAACAAACUACAAGGCCCAACGUCAGCUGUGGAUAGGUUGUACCGAACCGAAUGUCAUCGAUGUUCGACCAUUGUGCAAUGAUGAGGGCGAUGAAGAAUAUUCAUGUCAUGGUUCCUGGACUGAAAAUGGCACCGUUUACAUUAUCGCUCGACACAAGGGAACGAAACAUGGUGUGUGCAUCAGUUAUCGGCCAACAGAGGGUACCAAUGCUAAAUUGGUGGUGGGGGAUGCCUGCUAUAGAGGAACCCAAAAACCACCUGAACAUCAUUUGGAAGCCAGUUUAUCGGUGUUUGGUAAAUGUGGUGAAACUGGUAAUACCUCAGCAACCAUACCCAUCUUGAGCUGGAUACACUUAAUGACAGCAUCCAUACUAACUACAAUCUUAUGUCAAUUCGCAAUACCAAGAUGAUUUAGCAACUAAGAGAAAUGUCACAGCACUCCCUCAAAUACACACACUGGCAUUGCUUUAAACCUCAUCCUUAAAGAAAACUUCAACAACAACAACCGCAGCAACAGAAAAACGAAAAUAUUUGAUAUAAGAAAAUUGUCUAUAUAUACAGCUAGACUAGAUACGAAUUCAAAUUUAAGCAAAUAUCACAUGUUACAAAUACUACAACAAACAACAACAGCAGCAGCAGCAUCAGCAAAAUAAAUGUUUUUCUUUUUCGAAACUAAUUAAAGAGAACAACAAAAAAAGUAAAGUAAAAAAAAUGCACCUCAAUACAUAAAACCGACGCUUGUUUUAUGUAUUAUUCUUUUUUCAAAAGAAUUUUUAAAAUAAAACAAUAAAAUUAAUAAUAAAAAAUAUAUAAAACAAAAUCGAAAACUAUGAGAAAUGUAUAUAAUGCAUAGAAUUUGCUAAUAAUAAAUAAACAAAAAGAAUUAGAUUUAAAAACGAAUGGAAUGUUAUAAAAUUAAACAAAAGAACUUUGCAUUUAAGUUGAGAAUUUUUCUAUUUUGUGUUUUUUAUAUAUGAAUGUCAUUUAAUUAUAUAAAACCUUAUAAAUAUAGAAAUAUAUAUAUACUAAAUGUUGUAUACUAAGCGCUCUAUUCUUCCCUCACUUGAUUACAGCAACAACAAAACAAAGUGAUUGUAAAUACAAUUUGGAAAAAUUGAAAUUGUUUCAAGUUUUUCUUUUGGCCUCUUCUAAAGUGUAAAUAAAUAAAAAAAACUAAAAAAAACAAUAAUUGUGUGGUUUUCGUUAAACAUAAAUAUUUAAAAAAAAAACAAAAUGGUUUGCACAAAAUUAAACCUAGUAAAUAGUUCAAGAAACAACUACAACGCUAUGGCAAACAAACAAAACAAUUACAACACAAAUAACGACAAAAGACUUUUGCUGUGCGUUUAAAUUAUUUCUUAAAAACAAAAAAACAAAACAUUAAA